CGGAGGAGCGUGCUCGCGCUGCAGCAGCAGCCACGGACCCCCGGAGAGGAGGAUGAAGAUGAGGAUGAAGAUGAUGGUGAGGGUGGAGAUGCGGGUGAAGCGCAGCGCAUGAAGCCGUCGCGGCUCCUGCUCUCUGACUUUUUGGACUUUCCGUCCGGAUGGAGUCCGGGGGGCGCGACCCGUCCUGAGGCGCACCGGGACGGAUGGGGGACCGGAACCGGCACACCGGGAGGCUCGGCAGCCUCGCGACCAGGUCCCGCGUCUCCAGGGAGACGAAGCUCCGGCUGCGCGUGGUCUUCCUGGACGGCAGCGAGCGCACGUUCGAGGUGGAGCAAAAGGUUCUUGGAGGCGACUUCUUCAACAAAGUGUGCGGCCACCUGAAGCUGCUGGAGAAGGAGUACUUCGGACUGGAGUUCCGACACCAGGGAGGAAACUACGUCUGGUUGGAGCUGCUCAAGCCGCUGGCCAAGCAGAUCAAAUACACCAGCGAUCUGUUCUUCAGGUUUAUAGUGAAGUUCUUCCCACCCGAUCCUGGACAGCUGAAGAGAGGCCUCACCAGGUAUCUUUUUGCCUUACAGAUAAAGCAGGACCUGUCCAACGGCAGUCUGACCUGCAACGACAACAGCGCCGCCCUGCUGGUCUCUCACAUACUGCAGGCAGAGCUAGGUGACUAUGACGACGAGAUGGACAGUCAGCAUUUAGAGAUGAAGCAGUACGUCCCCAACCAGGAAUACCUGGACCACAAGAUCACCAAGUUUCACAGGAAUCACAGAGGUGCGUCCCCAGGUGAGUCCGACAUCCAGCUGCUGGAGGUGGCGAGGAAGCUGGACAUGUACGGCAUCAGGCCUCACCCCGCUCAGGACGGGGAAGGCAUGAGGAUCAACCUGUCUGUCACGCACUCGGGGGUCCUGGUCUUCCAGGGAAACACCAAAAUCAACACCUUCAGCUGGGCCAAGAUCCGCAAGCUGAGCUUCAAGCGCAAACACUUUCUCAUCAAACUGCACGACAAAGUCGGGCCGUCCUGCAAGGACACCCUGGAGUUGUCCAUGGCCAGCCGAGACGUGUGCAAGUGCUUCUGGAAGACGUGCGUGGAGUACCACGCCUUCUUCAGGCUGUCCGAGGAGCCCGAGACGACGCCCAGGACGCUGCUGUCCUGCAGAGGCUCCAGCUUCAGAUACAGCGGACGGACACAGAAGCAGCUGCUGGAGUGCAUGGGGUCAGGGGAGAAGAAGCCCUCCAACUUUGAGAGGACUCGCAGUCAGUGCGACUACGAUCCCCGACAGUGCCGCUCUUCUCCCGACCUCCUCACCGACGUCUCCAAACAGAUUUACGAGCACUCGCGCCUGUUCACCCAGCCGGGUCACGCCUUGGCGGUCCGCAGCGAAGACGAGGUUGACGCACAUCACCGCGGCGUUGAGAGCGCCGGCGUCAAAAGAGGGGGUUGGGCUGAACGCAGCCAAUCGUCCAUCGAGGUCGCCCACAGGACCCGCCCUUUGGCGCAAGUCACGCCCCUCUCUCCGUCUCCUCGCCAGUCGACCCCCUCGCCCAAGACGAGAUCAGCCUCCACCUCCGUGAUGGAGGAGCAGCAGGUGGGACGGAUCGGGGUGCAGCGCCAAGCCCAAAGGCUCGCCGGCGUCUACGGGAACCGCUCGCGGCGCCGGCCCAACCCCCAGCCUCAUCCGGACGCCGGCCAGCAGCUGGUGCUCCUCUACCCAAACAGCCCGGCCUAUCGGUAUCGCCCCGUCCUGCCGACUUUCCCGUGGUCCGGAUCCUCGCCUCUCAACCGCCACCCUUACCUGUCGGACUACGUCACCGUCUCCUCCCUGGAGCGCCUCCCGCAGGCGAGGAGGCGGGAGUACGUGGCCGCAGACGGCCUGCCGCGGUCGCCCUUCUACCCGGCGGGUGGCCACGACUCGCCGUCACUUUCGCCCAUCGGGUGGAACCCGCGCCCCUACGGGCCGGGGCUGGCUCGGGUUUACCAGGGUAACAAGGCGAGGCUAUUGGCCGACGGCCGCACGGAGGCGGGACAUUACAGCGACGACUCCAAUUUCCUGCCUGGGCUGCCUCGCCGCGUGGCCAACCCGGCCGACGUGAAGUUUCACCUGUCGAGGAGUUCCAACCCCGCCUUCGACCCCGCCUCAGAGUUCCGUCCCCUCGGGUACUACCCCCACCUGACGCGCCCCUCCAGGCCCACCUACCUCCCGCUAAACUCCUCCCCUCGGCCCGAUCGACCCGCCUCCCUUCACGGGACCGGGGGAGCCUCGGGGAGCUACAGCGACUCGGACCCGGAGGUCUUCUAUCCGUACUACUGCCCACCCCCCCGGCUCGGUAGAGUGGUACGACCCACCGGACUGGCCAGGAUGAGGUUCUCCUCCGGGAGCCUUCAACUGGACGAGGAGGAGGAAGAGGAAGAGGAGUAUAGAGCGGGGAAGGAGCGAGGAAAAAAAGGGGUGAUGGGCGAUGAAGAUAAUAAAGGGAGGAUGGGGUCGGGAGACGGGACAAAAGGUCGCGCAAAGGUCACCGAAGUCACUCUGUAGAGGAAGUAUAACCCCCAAAAGGUUCAAGAUCACACUCAAGAGGGUUUACAGACUAGAAUAAAGAGACAUGUAUGUGA